CCCAAUUUCGAGACCAGUAAUACCAGGAGCUAGAUAAUGUUCCGACCACCCGUCUCCUGUCCAAUUACCAGCAAGAUCCAUUCUUAGUUCGGCUUUUGCAUUAUUCCGUGACUUACCGUUCAACUAGCGCAAAGGUAUAGCGUUUGUAUGUCAACAUUAUCAGGAAGACCCACUUCUCCAAUCCAGAUACUGCAGAAGGCCUCACCAAUCGUGCGCAUUGCAUACCGAAAUUCAUACUACGUCAAGAUCUGGAAAUGACCUAUUUGCAGGUACGGUAUUUGGCAUUUUAUCACUUCAGCUUAAUGAUAUUCUUCUGGUUUGGAUCCCCAUUUUUCUUCUGUUCUUGCACCCCUGCAGUCAAGAUAUCAAGCCCGACAACCCUCACAAUCGCAAUCUUACCGCUCGUUGCCGACCUCACUCUGCAAGUUGGCGUCGAUAGCGCGACUUCCACCCGCUUCCUCGUAAAUCGUGCCACGCUUAUUAAGGAAUCAGUCUACUUCAAGAAUAUGUUAGACGGGGCCUGGGCCGAGGGAGGACAAAAUACGAUAGUCCUCAAAGAUGAGAAUCCCCUGGCAGUUCAGCUCUUCUUAGCUGCAACCCACGCCGCGCAGCAAUUCCUAUCACAAUUCAUUCAGCCAUCCGAAUGCUUUGCGUUCGCGACAUACGUCGAUAAGAUAGGUGGUGUGGACCAAGUCUCGGUGAUAGGAUCAGCUUGGAUACUGGGUGCGCUGAGCCAUCUGAACCCGGGAGACCUUGCUUCCCUGCUCCCCGCGGCCUAACAUCUUCUACUGCUCAUAUUGAUGAGUAGCCGCCUUGGCUGCAUCGACUUCUCGCAUUCCCUCUGUUGAGA